UUGUGACAGUGUAAACACAGGGACGUCGGCCUCCACGCCUUUUAUUUUGUUUUCGUUUGAGUGAAAGAAGGACAAGCGCCGUUCACGUGCCAGGAACCCUACCAUGGAAACCCGCGAGUGAAGGCCCAGAAACGCGAAAAGAGAGAUAGCCAGAGAGAGAGAAAUACUUAAAAGAGGCGUUAACUAAGCUCAGUGAGAGCAAGGCGGCCAUCUUGAGUGUGUCAGAGCGGGUGGCGAAGACAGAGGCAAUGGCCCGAGCCUUGUAGUGGCGAGGCGAGUGCAGAGUGCGAGCGAGAGGGAAGGAGCGAGCGGGCGAGAGGGCUAGAAAGAGUGUGCGAGUGUGUGUUUGUGCCGACGGCGGGGGGGAAAGUCGGCAAGGUGGAGACCCCAGGAAUCAUCGCGUCCCUGUCCAAAGUGUUCGCCAUGGGGACGGUGCUGAGCUUCAGCCCGCGGGAGCAGAAGCCUUACUACGGGGACUACACCCUCAACAACCACAACUAUGAGACGCUCAACAAUGUCCGCAACAAGGAGAAACUCGUCAACAAUGAGAACUCCAACAUCCUCAGCGAGAAGAACGCCCUCGAGCGGAACUUCAAGAAGCACUCGCUCUUCAUCAACGCCCUCAGCUGGAAGCGCUUCUCCACCACCAACAAGAAGAAGCUCGACAACAAGAACAAGAACCUCUCCCUCAGACAACCUCUGGACAACAUCCACCCGUUCAUCGACAACAACAAGAACAUCCAGAAGGCGUUGUCAUGUUACAACAUCCGGCCCAGCUCCAUGGGCAACCUCGACCUGGUGAGAGUCAACAACAACAACGCCCACACGCCCACGGAGAAGCUCCCGCCGAAGGCCAUCCUCACCUCGGCGCCCUCCACGCACACGCACGACCUCCGCGGCGCCCUCGUGCCGUCGCGCCCCUCGCAACACCUCUCGAAGGCGGCGCAGCAGCAGCAGCCGCACCAGCUUGGCCCCGUGCUGGCGCCCUCGCUGUCCACCACCAGCAGCAGCAGCGGCGGCGCCUCCAACGUCACGACCCCGACGGGCGUGAGUCCCACCAAGAAAACGGUGAUCCAGGCGUCCACGUCGGAGCUGCUCAAGUGUCUCGGGCUGUACCUGCACCGCACGUGCUCGCGCCUCAGGGACUUCCAGGCCGGGGACGCUGUCAUGUGGCUCAGGACCGUGGACCGCUCGCUCCUGCUGCAGGGCUGGCAGGACAUCGCCUUCAUCAACCCCGCCAACGUGGUGUUCGUGUACAUGCUGGUGCGCGAGCUGGUGAGCGAGGAGGUGCACAGCGAGCACGAGCUGCAGGCUGUGGUGCUCACGUGCCUGUACCUGUCCUACUCGUACAUGGGCAACGAGAUCAGCUACCCUCUGAAGCCGUUCCUGGUGGAGGACGACAAGGACCGCUUCUGGGACCGCUGUCUCUUCAUCAUCAACACCCUCAGCGGAUCCAUGCUCAGGAUCAACGCCGAGCCGUCCUUCUUCACCGAGGUCUUCACCGAGCUGAAGGCCUGCGGCCAGCAGCAGCAGCACCAGAUGAUGCUCGCCCAGCAGGUGGUGGUCCAGCAGCAGGUGCCGCUCCCCGUACCUCAGCAGCCCCAGCAGACGGCGGCCUGAGGGGGGGGAGGGGGACGUGUUUUGUGAAGCGCACACUGAUCCGUAGAUGGUAAUAUCGCUUUGUUAUUGUUGUUAGGGACGCUCCCUCUGCCCGGCUCUGUCCGGCGGGGAGAGAGACGUAGAGAGAGAGAAGGAAAAUUGAGAAUAAAAAUCUUGAAAGGACAACACGGGAGGAGAAAAGGGUGCCAGAGAGAUAUUCGUAAUCUCGAUGAGGAACUGAAGGCGUACGACUGCGAAGGGAAGUGGGGAAAGGAAGGAAGGAGAGGAAGGAAAAGAGGAAAACGGAAAGGAGAAGGAGGACGAGAAGGAGAAAGAAAAGAUAAGCAAGGGUUUAGGGAGCAAAUAAGGGGCAGAAAAGAAGAAUAAGAAUCAGGCGCGAACACAACGGGAACGUAACGGAAUCGGCAUUGAAACAGAAAACGGGAAGAAAGACCCUGAAGACCCAAAAGGCUGGGAUCGUCAGACCAUGUUCUAAAGCCAGCCGUCCAUCGGGUCUUCCAAGCCACCAGUGACCAAGAAGUAAUACUCUUUUUCAUAUGAAUCAUCCUCAAGUGCCAUCAAGAGCCACAGGAGUGCCCAAAGUGCCACGGCGACCACGCCCUACAGUGCCCAAAUAUUGGUUCACUGAAUCCAUAACU